AUGGCCAACGCGUCUCAAGAUGACGUUGAGAUGCGGGAUGCAACGCCCAAGCCAACAAGCCAAAUGCCUGAAUACGGCAUACUGUCGCAGACUGUCUUUGAGACACCGCUAAGCAAACUCAUCCUUCCGGCGAAGAUACGUCACAAAGAUCUGACCGACGUUGUCAUGGUCGGCGAGGACUUCAUACGUCUCAAAGAGAUCCGUGACUAUGGCCAGAUCCGCCAUGUGGCUUCCAAGACUGACUUCAACGGCGGCCGCAUCAUCACCGCCAAAGUCUUUGGCGACCCUCGUGAAGUCUCCGCAACCACAAAUGGCAGUCCUUCGCUACAUCAAUUUUACAUGAAGCACAGGACAAGAAGGCCAACCACGGGAAAUGGAGACGACGCCUUACCUCCGGAAGUCGUCGUGCUUACUCUAUCAAACCGAUCGUUGAUGUUCUUGUGGGCUCAACACGAUACGGCAGGUACUGCCACAUUCAUCCAGAAGACCAUCAAGCUACCUGCAGGGAGUUCCCGCUUGGAUCGCUUCGGUACCUUCCUCGCUAUAGAUCCCAAAUGCCGAGCAAUGGCAGUCGCAGCACACGAAGGGCGCUUUAUCCUCUACAAGACGAAGCCGAUGGAACGAUGGAAAAGGGAUUCUAGGAUGAGCAAUGAGAUUGCUGCGCCUAUCGAAGAUGAGCGAAUCAUGUCUAUUGAAGGUCAGAUAAUGCACAUGGAUUUCUUAUCAUCAGGAGUUGGACAGGACGAUUACCACGUUGUUUUGCUGUUCGUCGUAGUCCUCCAGGGGAGGACCAGGCUCACCUGUUUCGAUUGGGAUUGCAGACAGGAUCUCAGUAAAGCAACCCCUCGGACGGAGCGAUACCUUGUCCAGUCUGAGGACACAAUACCUUCUCUACUCAUACCACUUCGCCGGAGUUCGGAUUUCCUUCUAGUGUCCGACGACCACAUCUCGGUUUACAAAAAUAUUCUCUCUGGAGAUCCAACGCAAACCACAGUGUCGAUCGACAAGACAAUACUUCAAUCAAUACUACCAGGCGAUGGCAAGCACGCUCCCAAGUGGACCGCUUGGGAUAAGGCGCCGCGCAACUCCGAUUACCAAAAGGAGGUGUUUUACAUUGCAAGAGAGGAUGGCCGUAUUAUGUAUGUGGUGCGAGGGCCAGCGGGCACUCUGGAGAUCGACGAGGCUGGUGAUUGGCAACAUCGGAUUGACACCUCCUUUUCAUGCAUGGGUAUCGACAACUCAGAGAUGUCGCAGCAAUACCCGGAUCUUCUGAUUGCCGGCGGGGCAAGCAAUGAUGGAUUGCUUUGCAAAGUCGGUGCCUGGCCCACUGAGUACUCCUAUGCAGUGCAAUAUCCAAGCACAAAUCAAUUCUCCUUCGUCGAUAGCAUCCCAAAUUGGACGCCUCUUACAGACCUUGUAGUAACCAAACUAUCUAGCCCGCGCGCGUCAGACGAACGUCAACGAUCUUCCAUCUUUGUCGCAAACGGCAAUAAUCCACAUGGAGAGAUCUCGGAGCUGCGACGCGGCAUACAAGCUGUUGUCGACGAUAGUUUCAGCGGCAUCAACGGCUGCGCUGGGAUAUGGGUGGUUGACCAUGGCAGUCAUAUGGCCGACAUCGAAGGCACGAUGAGGAGACAGCACUAUGCGAUAUUUUCGAUAACGCUCCCGCCAGAGACCUUGGUAAUUCGAAUCGUCCGUACACAGCCGGAGAGCCGUGCAGACUUCACUGGAGCAUGGGAAGAGGGCUUCUGGGACAAGUUCCAAACACCCAGCGACGAUGAUCCGCUCGAAGACGAUCUGAUGCGAGAAGAGGAGACCAUCUCGGCAUGUCCUUGGUCUGACACGAUAUCGAUUCAGAUUUCAAGGCGAGAGGCCCGCACUCUUCUUCGGCCAACAUUAAGACAAAUCGAGUCUUUGAAGUUUGACUCUCCUUUGCUGUUGGCUGUUACCCAUACUGCAUGCCCUUUCAUCGCGCUUGCGUCUCGAAAGAGCGGUCAUGCGCUACUGGAGAUCAUACCAAUCUCAAAGGGCGGCAACUUCGACCGAUCAAAUUCAUUCCAAUACCAGCUAGCUCAUGACCCCACAUGCGUAGAGACACUGGAAAUCAACGGCGUUCCAUAUGUGUUCGUUAGUACAUUCGAUUCGAAGGUCUUCCUCUUUCAGUACUCGUAUGGUGAGACCUCGUUGACGUUGGAAGACUCCUGGAAAGACCAAGAUACUCUCAACGGUUCGCAGAAGCUCUGUGGGAGUGUUGCUGUUCUGAGCAAGGACGGCAAGAAUUUUCUGGUGUGCGCAAUGCGGGAUGGCACUCUUCUGAGUUCGCAAAUCCACGUAGAGCACGGUGUAUCGGCAAUCUAUCAACUGCCAUUUCUACCGAAACUGGAUGUUGUUGGGAGGAACCUCGGCGGCUUUCUGUUUGCAGUCGCCGGAGAUCGACUUCUCUUCUCGCAACUGGAUGCAGACGUAAAAUGGUCAAGUCAAGAUAUGCCUUCUACAUUUCUGCACGACUCCAAAAUCAUUCCCAGGAAACUCAUCACGGGUGCUAAGCCGAGCAAUAUACUGUACAUGCAGAAGUUACGUCGAGUACUAGUGUCGACUAUGGAAGCGAAAGAGAGACGAGGACCACCUUCUGGCGAACGAGUCUUGCAAUCAUCGAUUAAGCUACUGAGGGUGCGCGACGACAGACCGACCGAUGACGUCGAGAUCAAACAGGAGGUGGAAGCGCCGGUGGAGCGACUAGUCGUUGCUCAGGCUCCUUUGAUGAAUGCCGAGAGGGUAUAUUCCAUCGUCGAAUGGCAGUUCUUGAACAAAGACAGUAAGAGAUACAAUCUCAUCAUUGUUGGCACCGGGAUCCAGACCGGCGCCUCGCAGCAUAGUGGAAGGCGACUGAUCUUCAACACUGGCAAAUCGGGCUCCAAGCUGGAUUUGCAGAAACAGUCAACAUAUAACGAUCCAGUCUAUGGCAUAGCGCUGUGGGACAAUCAGACGACAGUAAGUAUCGUCGGGAAGUCUUUGUGCAUUGAUCGCUUCGACGAGGAAGCCGGUCGAUGGUUCCAGCGUGGUAAAACAGAUCUGCACUCUCCAGGUAUCCACGUGUCUGUCAAUCAGCCAUUCGUCUACGUUUCGACGCUCCAGCACUCACAUCUUUGCUUCAAAGUUGUGGAGUCAGCACGACCCGAUACUUUCGACUUUGUGCGGGAGUUCUCUGAUAGUGGUAUGCGCAACUGCGCGCGACAUCUGGUCAUGGAUUUGCCAGACAAGGAGGGUAGUAGCAACGAUCGAUUCGUUUUACUCACCGAUAAGAAGAGCAGCUCGGUAACCGGUCUUUACCAGCCACCUCUUCGGACACACAGUAACGCUUCACCGACGUUGUUUGAAGCAUGUCUCCCCCGAUCUGUUAUUCGUCUCGACCGCGGUGAUAUCCGCCCACCUUGGUGCCGUCCAAAUCCUGCAGGAAAGGCCACCGGAGUCCUUGUCGACGACAUCAUUGGCGCUUGUACCGAUGGCACGAUCUUCUCUUUCUCCAUUCUUUCCAAGGCCGCCUGUCUACUACUUCGCCUGAUACAAAACCUGAUCGAGGUGAAGUCGAAUCGGUCGGGCGCCCACAAACACGACACAGUCAAACCCCGUAGUGGCGACAUCUUCAACGUUCUCAUGAACAACACCCCUGGCAAUCAACAUGGUGAGAUCUUGGUUAGGGAUGUAGAUCCACGUUACCUGGGGCAAAGUCUUCAGCGAGGUGCCAAGCACAAGCACGUCGAAGGCGACUUCCUAAAGAACUGGCUACAUGAAGAUGGCGACUUGAAGAGUUUGGUUUGGAGCGACGCAGACGAAGAGGUCGGGAAGCUCUUCCAGAAGCUGGCGCUAGAUAUCGAGGAAAGAUGGGGAACGAAGAAUAAUGGGGAGACCAAUGGGCACGAGAAGCAGCAGUUGUGCGAACACGUAAAGAGAUGGAUGAGCGAGGUACUCAUGCCUGUGCUAUAG